ACUGUCCUGCUCUGCUGCAGCUGUACACACACACACACACACUCUCAGUCUGCUCCACCAUGCAGUUGGUCCGGGUCUGCAGAGGUCUCAGUCCCCUGUCCAGAGGAGGUCACCUGUCCAGAGGAGCUCACCUGUACAGAGGAGCUCACCUGUCCAGAGGAGCUCACCUGUCCCAGAGGUCACCUGUGCGUAUGGAGACGCACCCAGAGCCACAGAGCAGCAGGCCGGCUGGACCUCAGCGGGAUUUACCCUCCUAUCGCCACCCCGUUCACCCCCGAGGAGGACGUGGACUACAAGAGACUGGAGGGGAACCUGCAGAAGUAUGCAAAGAUACCAUUCAAAGGUCUGGUGGUGCAGGGCUCCAACGGAGAGUACCCGUACCUCACAGAGGAGGAGCGGGUGGAGGUGGUGAAGACGGUCAGGAGGUCACUGCCGAAGGACAAACUGCUGCUGGCCGGAUCAGGAUGUGAAUCCACCAGAGCCACGGUGCAGCUCACAGAGAAGAUGGCGGCGGUCGGAGCCGACGUGGUUCUCGUGGUGACGCCCUGCUUCUACAAGGGCAAGAUGGACAGCCGCGCUCUGAUCCAGCACUUCACCAAGGUGGCGGACUGCAGCCCGGUGCCGGUGGUUCUGUACAGCGUUCCGGCCAACACGGGUCUGGAGAUGCCGCUGGACGCCGUGGUGCAGCUGUCCCAGCACCCCAACAUCCUGGGCCUUAAAGACAGCGGAGGAGACAUCUCACGGAUCGGCCUGAUUGUUCACAAAACCAAGACGCAGGAUUUCCAGGUGUUGGCGGGCUCAGCGGGGUUCCUCAUGGCCGCUUAUAGUGUCGGUGCGGUUGGCGGAGUGUGUGCGCUGGCCAACAUUCUCGGCCCGGAGCUGUGUGAGUUGGAGCGCUUGUGUGUGUCGGGUCGCUGGGACGAAGCCAGAGGCCUGCAGCAGCGCCUCAUCGAGCCCAACGCCGCCGUGACCAGGAAGUUGGGAGUUCCCGCCCUCAAGCAGGCGAUGGAGUGGUUUGGUUUCCACGGCGGCGCCUGUCGAUCUCCUCUUCAGCCGCUGACGGAGGCUGAGACUCAGCAGCUGAGGAGGGACUUCACCUCCAACGGCUGGCUGUGAGGUGACACGGGCAGUGUGUGUGUGUGUGUGUGUGUGUGUGUCUUCACUUUACCUGGAAAACACUUUGGCUGUUCAGUCCAUUGACAGCGUGAAGUGACACGGUGGGAGAACACGGCAAAAAAAUGCCUCACAUAAUAAUUCUAAUAAUGAUACCAAAAUCCAAAUUAACUUACUUUAUACUUAAAUUACUGUCAUACCAUCCAGUUGCUUCUUUGCAGCACUUCCAGCAGUAAAGAUAUAAACAUCCAGUAUAUUGAAUAAUUAGAAAAUGUAUGUCUAUGCACUUGUUUCAACAAUAAAAUUGCAUCUCACUUCAAUAA